CACACACACACACACACACACACACACACACACCGUCAGAUCUCAGUAAACAAGCUGGUGAAAGUGAGCAGACAGCAGGACGUUAGCAGGAACUCACAGGAGCAGAGAUGGGUCCUGUGAGGAAGCUGGACGUCCCGGUGAGCGACCUCUCUCUGAUCAGAGGGAUCUGGGAGGUCCGAGUGAAGAAAUACAGACAUAAACAAAAGAAGGAGCAGGAGAGGAUUGAGAUGAGCGCAUUGCCCAAGAUCGACCAGCAGUGGCAGUAUCGUAUCUACUGUAAGGCACUGAAGACCAAGGAACUCAACCAGCUGCAUCAUUACCUAGAGAGAUCUACACUGACUGAUAUACAGCCCUGCACAGAAGCAGAGCAGCAGGAUCAGAAAGGGUUAGAUCCGGAGCAGAAGCUGAUCUUCCAGCUGGAAGGAGAUCAGUGGAUGGACUUCCCCAAGGACUUGCAGUGGAUGACGUACCUGAAAGAGUGGCAAGUCAGUGGGACAAAGAUCAGUCGGCUGCCUGAGUACCUGGCUCUGUUCACCCAGCUCACGGUGCUCGAGAUCCCCAAAAAUGCCAUCGCCGAGCUGCCACCUGAGAUCGGAAAACUGACAUGUUUGAGGAAAUUAAAUGCCAGCUACAACCGUCUGUCCAAAGUUCCUCCAGAACUCGGAAACUGUGAGAACCUGGAGAGACUCGAACUCACAGGAAACCAUAACCUGUCCCAACUGCCGUUUGAGCUGAGCAGCCUAAAGAAGAUGGCUCACCUGGACAUCGCGGAAAACAGGUUCACAUCGAUCCCCAUCUGUGCUCUGAGGAUGAGCCGCCUGCAGCUGCUGGACCUGAGCAACAACAGUCUGACUGACCUGCCGCAGGACAUGGACAGGUUGGAGCAGCUGGUCACCCUGUUCGUCCAUAAGAACAACCUGACUUACCUCCCUCACUGUCUCAGCAACAUCUCCACACUCAAGAUGAUUGUCGUCAGCGGUGAUGAGCUCACCAGCAUCCCGACUAAAUUGUGCAGAAACCCCGAAAUCAAGUUUAUCCGACUGCGAGACAACCGUGCGAGCGCAGAAAAGAAGAAGAAAGAAGAGAAGAAGAAGAAAGACAGGUGGAGAGUGCAGAGAGAAGAGGAGGUGAAGAAGGACAGCAGAGAGAAGGAGUUCAUCGAGGUUUACAUCAGCUCGCUGAAGGACAGAGACACAGUCCCUGAAUCCACCACCAAGGUCUCCAUCUCCUGCCUGCUGUGAGGAAGAGGAGGAAGAUAAAGCUGACGUCUGUCAUCACGUGAGAGACUGAAAGAUAAUUUGAAGCAGCAUUUUCAAAGCAGCGCUAGAAAAGAUACAAAAUCACAAUAAAACUGUUUCAUUCAUGGGAUACCAGACUCUCAUCUAUAAAAGGCAGCGCAUUGCAUUACGGGAUUGUUAGCAGAAAGUAAUGUUGGCCUACAUGCUGUCGACAAAAGCUUAACACUGUGAAGUUCAUUCCUGCCAAGGGGAAAAAAAUGUAAAUGAUAAAAAAUCUAAAUAAUCAAAUUUAAUUUCAAAAUGAUCCCUUUGAACACUAUUUAAUAUAGUUUAAUAUUUAUCCUGGACAACUCGCUGUAGGGAUGCAUGUAUGGUGAUGCCCAAAUAUGUAAUUUUGCUUUGGGUUGGUAUUGUAACACUAAUGGCUGAUGUCACAUGCCUGUUGUUCAAUAAAAGAUUAGAUUUAUUCCAGUUAAUUUUAUAGCUGGAGAUUCAGCCAAAUUCGUUGAAGAUCUUAAGAAUUUUUGGAAUAGAGUCCUCAAGAUCAGAGAUGUACAACAAAAUAUCAUCUGCAAAUAACAAUAUUGAGCUGUUACUAAGUCUACCUUCUGACAAGUCAACACUGACAUUUUAACUCUUAAAUACUCAAUAUAUUAAAAAGUAAAUUGAAAUAAAAUAAAAUUACUUCCUUAAAUUAAAUUAUGAUUAUGCCACAUUAUCAUACAUUUGACAAGUUUUUACUAUUUUAGAAGUUUGACUUUGGAUUUAAAUUGUUUUGUCAUUUUUAACAUUUCAUCUAUUCCCCGCCCCCCCUUGUCAGUAAUGAACUUCCAUAGUUUUCUACAAUCUGGUUUAUUUGCAUGUAUCCCUGCUAUCAGAUACUUUUUAAAUUUGAUGUUUGAGUGCUUUUAAAUUAAUUUCUGCAUUUCAAAAAAAACCUUUUCAUUCCAAAAUCAGAUUUCCAACAUUUAAACAGUUUGACGUCAACUCAUUGAAGUUCACUGCUUCAUUAUAAACCGUGAUCACAAACAUAAUUUACAAUUUAAUGUUUUGAACGGUUAAUCUUGGAGUACCACACUGUACAGUAUAUCUGUCUGUGCAGCGAAUGUGAGGAUUUUGUUUUAAUGUUUUGUUUUCUCCACACAAACACAUUGGAGACAUAUCUGGGAGAAACUGGAUUUUAUGGUUGAAGGUGUAAAUGUGACCAAACAGAAACGAGGCUGAACGUCAGAAAAAUUAAAGAUAGAUUCAUUUCUGCAACAAAAUGUGUAAGUGCAAAUUACAAACACAUUUAGUGAUUAUUCCCAAGUGUUUUAACUUUUAUAUUUUUAUUAGUUGUGUAACUGAUUUUUCUGUGUGACGCUUUGAGAAGU